CACCACGUCAACAUUUGGCUUCGCCGCCCUGACGACGCCAUUUCCAUCCUCGUCAUCUUGUAUUUUUUUCAUUCUUUAAAACAAAAAAUUUGUCAACGUUUGUUUUAUUUAUAAAUUCCAAUCACGUCGUCCAAUAACAAAAUGGUUUCCUCCAAUAUGCCGAGGAAAACUAAAAUCUUCGUGGGUCGUUUACCUGAAAAUUGUCGUAGUGAUGAACUUCGUCAAUUAUUUGUACGCUUUGGUGAAGUAACUGAGUGUGAUGUUAUGAAUCAUUAUGGUUUUGUUCAUAUGGCACGUGAAGAAGAUGCUGCAACAGCAAUAAAAGCACUUCAUAAUUCAAAUUUCAAAGGUGCAACGAUAAAUGUUGAACAAUCAACUGGUAAAUCACGUGGUGGUGGUCCAGGUGGUAGAAGAGAUGACAGACGUGGUGGACCAAUGAGAGGUGGACGUGGUGGUGGUCGUGAUCGUCCUGGUCCAUAUAAUGAUCGUCGUAGUGGUGGAGGUGGUGGUGGUGGUGGCGGUGGUGGUGGAUAUCAAGAUUAUGGUAAUAGAGGUGGUGGAGAUUAUAGUGGAAAUCGUGGAGGCAAUGAUUAUGGUCAUGGUGGUGGAUAUGGUAAUCGUGGUGGUUAUGGACAAAAUAUGGGAGGUGGUUACAAUUCUGGUCAAAAUAUGGGAGGAUAUGGAGCUGGUGGUGGUUAUGGAGCAUCAGGUGGUGAUUAUGGAAGAGCAAAUGAUUAUGGACGUUAUGCUGAUCCAAGUGGACGUGCUGAUUAUGGAAAUUAUCAAGGUAUGGGAGGUGACUAUGGUCGUGGUGCACCAGGUCCUGCUGAUUAUGGACGUACUGAUGGAUAUGGUGCUGGACGUGCUGUAGAUCCAUACGCACAAAGAAAUGAUUAUGAUCGUGCUGCUGCAGCUGCUGCUGCUGUUGCUGCUGGACCAAUAAGAAAUGGUGGUGGUGGUGGUGGUGGUGGUGCUGCACCAGCUGCUGCUGCUUAUGGUACAGGUGGUUAUGGAGAAACUAGUGCACCAAUGGCAAGACCACUAAGUGCUGCUGUACAAAAUUACAAUACUGGUGCACCAACUAGUUAUGGAGCUGGUCCUGGUGCUCAAACAGAUAUGUACAGUCGAAGACCUGCUGUUGCAACUAGUGGAUAUUCACAAGCUGGCACUGGCUAUGCUGCUGAAGGAUAUGACAGACCAGAAUCAUACGGCCCUGCUCGUGGUGGUGGUGGCCGCUUCCCAGGUCCGGCAGACGCGAUGCCAACGAGGUACUAAUGCGUGUACCCCUCAAAAAAUAAUUAAAUACGCAAAAAAAACAAAAUGUAAUAAAAAAAAAAUCGCGCAUCGUUUCCGGCAUACAAACAGUGUUGCCAGCAGAUGCGAGAAUGCGACAAAUAAUAUUGCGUCAAUAACGAAUAACACGAGUGAGAAUAAACAAACAAUAAAAAAAAUAUAAAAUAAAAAUAUAUGGAGGAUUUACCGCCGAUCUACACGUCCUAAUCGUCCCGCCCCCGAUUCAUGGAGUGCUCUGGGUCAACCAGAAUGUAUCCCAGCACACAGUGUGUACAUGCUCUCACGGAUUAAUGAUAUAUCUCACGGAUAUAUUUAUAUAUAUACAAAACGAUUUAUAAGUAAUAAAAUAUUUAAAACAAAAAAUAAUAAUAAAACAAAGCACCCUCAUUCAAUUUUUAUUGAGUAGCGUUUAAGGUAACUCUAAAGUAAGUUUGGUCAACAUUCGUUAAUAUAGAUGAUAAUCUAUAAAUAUAUUUAAAAAUAUAAAUUUAAAUUGAAAAAUGAAAUAAACAAGAAAGUUAAAAAUACA